AUUAUGACAUACAAAGUGCUGGCUGGGGGGAUUUCAACCAAGAAUUCUAGAAUUCAGUUCACCGUGGUAACAGCUCACAACAACAGUUUCUUCUCCCCAGCUUUGAGUGUCCCUUCAGGUCUUCUGCUCUAAGACGUGCUGAAGGGAAGGGUGUGGACAGGUCUGUGACUGGGCACUAUGGGUAAUGAAGGAGGCAACAACUUUGAAGAUAUGACCACUGAAGAACUGAAACUGGAGUUAUCGGAAGAACUCCAUAAGAAAGACUUAGCACAACUCUCAGUAAUUGAACUAAGACACAAGAUAGUGGAACUGAAAGCCAAACUCACUACUGAUAAUAAAGGCAGUGACUGGAAAACUCGUUAUGAGCUACAACUUGUAGUGAACAAUCAACUGAAAAAGCAAAUAGCUGCUCUGAAAGAGAAAUUGGAAAAACUCGGGAGCCAUCCUUCAGAUAGACUAUCUACUAUCCGUGUCUAUGAGGGAAUGCCAGUGAAAUCCUUAAUUACAUUACUUGAAAAGCUACACAAAGAAAAAAGGUGUCUUGAACAUCAAGUUAAAUACUAUUUACUUAAACUGGAAGAAGAAUCAAAUGCUUACCAAAAGAUCAGGGAUGAACGCCACAUAUACCUAGCUAAACUAUCUCAGGUCUUUCGCUUACAACGAAUUUCUAGAAGGCAACAGAUGGAUGAACUCCAUAGAAUGAAAGAGAAUCCAGUGAAAACGGGAAGAUACAAUACAGCUAAUCAGCAGAUAGUAAAUGCCAAGAGAGGAUCAGCAAAAAAGGCUACAAGAUCAAACCAUCUUCCAAAACUCAACCCAUGAUUCAAGAAUGGGGUGGCUCUCUAUUUGUUCCCCUUUUUCAGUUGUUAGAUUCAUCUUGUGAAGGUAACAUUCAACACAUUUUUUCAGGGAAUGAAAUAGAUAUGAGAGCUAUUAAACUUCUUUAACUCCUCUCUCAAAAGUUUGUUGCUUUGUGUGACAGUAAUUUUCUUAGUAAUUUGGGUUAGUUUCAAAAAUUACUUUAGAAAGUAACUUUAAUGACUCUAAAAUUCUAAUACCAGGGUUUGUAAUUCUUAAAAUAGCCUAAGAAACCUGAGCGAGAAACAUUUAAAAUUAUCCAAAUCAUUGCAAUAGCAUAUUGGUUGCACAUCUUGUUAUGGGGACUCCAACGUGUUUAAGUGUUAGUUCUACAAGAGC